CCAGGCCUCCUAUGGAGAUGCUGGGCCCCCGGGUCUGGGCCUCUGUGAAACAGGGGCUGAGCAGGGGCCUAUCCAGGAAUGUGAAGGGCUGGGCCUCAGGGGAUGGGAGGAAGAUGGACAUUACAGGCAUCUAUCCCCCUGUGACGACCCCCUUCACUGCCACCGCAGAGGUGGACUAUGGGAAGCUGGAGGAGAACCUGUACAAAAUGGGCACCAUCCCUUUCCGAGGCUUUGUGGUCCAGGGCUCCACUGGCGAGUUCCCCUUCCUGACCAGCAGAGAGCGCCUGGAGGUGGUGAGCCGCGUGCGCCAGGUCAUACCCAAGGACAAGCUCCUGCUAGCGGGCUCCGGCUGCGAGUCCACUCAAGCCACAGUGGAGAUGACUGUCAGCAUGGCGCAGGUCGGGGCGGAUGCUGCUAUGGUGGUGACCCCUUGCUACUUCCGUGGCCGCAUGAACAGCGCUGCCCUCAUUCACCACUACACCAAGGUUGCUGACCUCUCUCCAAUCCCUGUGGUGCUGUACAGUGUCCCAGCCAACACGGGGCUGGACCUGCCUGUGGAUGCAGUGGUCAAGCUUUCCCAGCACCCGAAUAUUGUGGGCAUGAAGGACAGCGGUGGUGACGUGACCAGGAUUGGGCUGAUCGUUCACAAGACCAGCAAGCAGGAUUUCCAGGUGUUGGCCGGAUCGGCGGGCUUCCUGAUGGCCAGCUAUGCCUUGGGAGCUGUGGGGGGCGUGUGUGCACUGGCCAAUGUCCUGGGGGCCCAGGUGUGCCAGCUGGAGCGACUCUGCCUCACAGGGCAAUGGGAAGCUGCCCAGAAGCUGCAGCACCGUCUCAUUGAACCCAACGCUGCGGUGACCCGGCGCUUUGGAAUCCCAGGGCUGAAGAAAACCAUGGACUGGUUUGGCUACUAUGGAGGACCCUGUCGUGCCCCCUUGCAGGAGCUGAGCCCUGUGGAGGAGGAGGCUCUGCGCCUGGAUUUCAGCAGCAAUGGCUGGCUCUGAGGGCAAGCAGAGUACGCUGAGGCCUGUGUCAUCUCAGUCUCCUGCCUGGUCCCAUAGCCUUAAGAGGAGCAGCAAGCAUCAGGGGGGAGAGGCUUCUCUUCCACUUUCUCCUCCAGGUGGCUUGUACUGGGCACCUCCAUGCAAUCUCCUUUUCUCAGAGUCUGUGAGAAAAGUCUGUCUAGAGACUUUCAGACUAGGAAGGAGCAGUCUUGAUCUUUUUACUGUGGAUGCUUUCCUCUGUCCUAAGUCUCAUAAACUAGGGAGCCCAUGGGAAGGGCAGGGGGGCAACUGGACAGUAUGGACAACUACUUAAAUUGGAGUCUACGAACCUGAGUCUAGCACAAUAUGGCUGGAAGUCAGGGCUAUGCCUAAGCACCCAAGUUCUGAUUCCUUCCAGAGGAAGUACCCGGUUAGAAAACCUGAACAGGAAGGUGUCGCUGGUCUUUGAAAGGCUCCCAAGCUGCAUUCUAGCCACAAAGCCCUUUCCUAAAUCUAUUUUCAUUCAUUUCAUAUUCUUGUCUCUAGUUUUGAUUUCCAUCACUGAGUGCCCAGUGGCUUGUCAGACUGGUAAACAAUGACACCUGGUGGACAAACAAGGGUCUGCGUUCAUUCUAGAAAACAUUCUGACCAGCCCAGUUCUGAAACACUAGGGAGAGGGACUUGCCCUGAGACAGGGCUAUCCUCUUGUCUAUAGGCAUCAUACUUUUUUCGGGGGUUGGGGGCAGUACCGGGGACUAAACCCAGGGCAAGUGUGCUACCACUGAGCUCCAUCCUCAUCCCCAACACCCUACUUUUAUUAUUAAAAAUAAUCACUUUAUUACUAUAAUAAUAAAGUUUAACAAGUAAAACCAA